UUGAGGUGUCAAGAACCGAACCCCGACUCAAAAGUGCCAUACUGUGUGAUCAUACGACGACAUCCAACUCACUAUUCCACAUACAUUCUAUCUCUCUUGAUUGCAGCAGUGCUUUUGACAGAUCACAUUACACCGUUCUAGCCACUAGGCUACUGAAUCUCUGUCUACCUGUUCAUCUAUCUCUUCAGUUUUUGAGCGCCAUCAUCUACGUGACUGCCGUCGAGGCCGUGAACACUUUGCAUGACUAUCUGCCUUUACGCAAAUAUCAAUUUUCCUCACAGAUAGGAAAAUCGAAAGGGUUGGGGUGCUGCCAUAAGCUCGUUCGUGGGUGUCAACGACCCGGUCAACUUCAGUUUCGUUCGAUACUGAGUUUCAAGACCGAAACUCCAGGAUAGACAAGAUCGGCCUGGUAGUAUCGCUAAGGAGCACUUUGGGGAUCCGGCUUGGGCUGCUGACGGGAUUGUCACUCUUUGAACCAACACAUCUUCCACACUUGGCCUAAUCCAGCUGGUCCUGUCUCUUGCUUUGCAUCAUUCAUGCCCCGGCACGUGGGCUUGUCUUACAGGGCACAGCCAAAGCCGCUUCUCAAGCAAGUCGGAGGUGUUUCGGUCGAACCCAACAUGAAGGCAAAGCCGGCGAACUCUGUGAAACGGAAAGGCCGCUCAGGUUCGGACUCGGAGCCAGAGAGAGCAUCAAGCUCUAGGCCCGAACCAGAAUUCGAUGCUCCCCCUUUGUCCACUUCCGAGUCGGAGGAUUCUGCGGAUGAGUUCAACAGGAGGGCAGACAUCAAGCCGACCUCUUUUGGCGCGAGAAAAGACCUACCACAUAGCAAAAUGCCCUCAAAAUCAGGGAACGGUGUAAAGGAAGCACCUCGGAGAACAUCGUCUCGCGUAGCCAAAUUCACAAUGCCGUCCACGAUCGAUUCGGAUGAUAUUGAAGACAGUGAUGAAGACACAAGAGUCAGCAAACGGCUGAAAACAAGUCAAAGUACGGACACCACACCAUUUGGAUCCCAGCACAGCUUUGGCUCCUCGCAAAGGACAGCAGACCAGAAAAAGUACGGCGGUAGCCAAAAGACUCUCAACAGGUCAUACAAACAAAUCAAGAACAGGAAGAUGGAGACCAAAGUCAUACGUGUGCCAAAGAAAAGGGGUCGACCCAGAACCCCUGAGGCCCCAAGGGCCAGAUUUUCAAUGCCGAGUGUGGAUGGUAUUGAGUCGCCAUCCAAGGCAGGCGGCGAGUUUGUUUCCGUUGGACCCGACAGUUCACCUACUAGCAGCGGCAAGAAGAAUUAUGACGCUUCCGCGGUACUGGACUCGUCGCCUGUGAAAGCACGAAGCGCGUUUCAAUCUCUUCUGGAAGACGAAGAUGUGCAGAUUCCCGUUUCAAAUACAGCCUUGUCGGACAGCAGCGAGCUUUCGGACGCGGAGUCGAUGCCAGAUCCUAAUGCGGAUGUUUGUCCCAUGUGCGACGCUCCUAUCGACUCGGAUCUAGCCAAGGACCUAUCGAACAAAUACAUGAGCAUAACGGAGCAACAGAAGUUCUGUCGGCGCCACAAAGUUCGGGAAAGCACGGCACUUUGGAAAGAAAGGGGCUAUCCAGAUAUAGACUGGGACCAACUGGAGAAAAGGUUCGAGGAGCAUGCCGACCACCUCGGCCAGGUACUCGAGGCCAAAACUAACUCACACUACCGCGAUGCGCUCUCGAGCAAGGUGAGGUCGGGCAAAGGGCGCACGUUGCUCACUUCGCAAACAAGCCUUACCCCUGGCUACUACGGCUUCAGGGGUCUAAGGUUAAUGACUGAGUAUCUGGUCAAGCGGUUCUCUGGGAAGCUGAGGGAGCGGGCCAUUCAGGAUAGGCUGGUAGCUGCCAGGGGUCAUACGACGUUUGUUCAGUCUGUCUUGGUACCGGAGCUUGCAGUCCAGCUGAUGAUGGAGGAUCUCGAUAUCGGAGCCGAAGCUGCGAGAAAUGUUCUCCGGGAGAGUGCAAAACUCGGUGAAAUGCUUCACGAAGAGGUCAAGGACGUUAUUUACGAUCUUGAAGAUGAUUUGGAGGGUUAAGCGUAUACAGCCGGCAUUCUCACCGAGGUUUAAUGUCCCCGCAUGUUUUCACCUAGGUGCAUGGCUCGUUUAGCUUGGAGAAAAGAUCCCCGUGCCUGAUUGUUAGCAUGAGUUUUGAAUCUCACAUUUACUACUGUACGAGGGCAGUCUGACGG